CCAAACACAUCAUUUCGAUAUUGAGAUCUAAGAGGUUGUUGCUGUGUAAUCUGAAAAGACUGUUAAUUCUCUUUGCUGAAUUUUGAAUUUUAUCAUUUUAAAGAAAUUUUAAGAUGGCUGAAUCUGAAGUUGUUGCUACUCCUGCUGCAACUCCGAAGAAGGCGAAGGCAGCAAAACCUAAAAAGCCUAAAUCUGCUCCAUCGCACCCAAAGGUAUCCGAGAUGGUAAACACUGCCAUUUCGACGCUGAAGGAGAGAGGUGGAUCCUCUGUGCAAGCAAUCAAGAAAUAUGUAGGAGCUCAUUACAAAGUUGAUGUGGACAAGCUGUCACCUUUUAUCAAGAAAUACCUUAAAAACGCAGUUGUUUCUGGUGCUCUUGUGCAGACUAAAGGAAAAGGAGCUUCUGGAUCUUUCCGAAUAACAAGUCAAAGCAAGGAGAAAGCUGCCAAGCCAAAAGCAGCCGCAUCUAAGCCCAAGAAAGUUGCUAAGCCCCCAGCAGCCAAGAAGGCAGCUAAGCCCAAGGCAGCAGCGAAGAAAGCAGCCGCAGCCAAGAAACCCAAGCCGAAGUUGGCCAAGAGCGCGAAGAAGCCCAAAUCUGUGAAACCCAAAGCACCCAAACCCAAGAAGGCAAAAGCUGUAAAGAAAGCCUCUCCUAAAAAAGCGAAGAAGUAAUUUUUUUUUCGUACCAUGGACUUAAUCGCAUUGUAUAUAGACAUUCUCGUUAUCAUCAAAGUGAGAAACCAGAUGUUAUUCCGGUAGAAAUCAUCUGAAUUUGUUCCAGCGUGCUUGGACUCCCUUGGAUGUGUUCAUCGUCGUUUUGGAACUUUCAUCCGCCAUUAUCAUCACUAAAUAAUCAUCAUCAUCUGUGCCAGCUCCACAUAACAAUCUGGACAUUUUCCCCUUUUCUCGUUAAGGACAUUUUUUUUUUCCUUCAAAUUUUCAGUUCUUACAUGUAAUAUUGUUAGAGUAAGUACAAUGUUUUUCUUCUUACAAGUGUAAGAUUCCAUAAACCUGUUCAAGUUUUAAAAAAGUAAAGUAAGAGAAAAAAUAUCUCUUAAACAGAUAACAUAUUUUGAUAUUUUUACAUUUAAAGAUUUGAUAAGAUUUAAAAGUUGAAAUCGUAAUUUUUUGCUUGGAAUUUAUUUCACAGAUGUUUGUUGUCAUGAUGUAAAUAGAUCAUUUCAUUAUUCAUUGAAAAAGAAAUAUUUUAAGAUGUUUCCUGCCAUGAGCACAAUUUAUUUUGUAUUUUUAAAUGUAAUUUUGUGUGCGUCCAUAUUGCUUGAAAUUUUUUAGCUUUGUAAAUACAAAGUAUGCUUAAUGAAACCAUUCUCUUGCAUCAGUUUAGAAGUGUAAUUUGUAAUGCCUAAAGAUUAGGAUAAACUGUUCGAAGAACGUUUAGUACAAUGCUGAAUACGUAAUUUUAAUUUAUUUUCAGAAUUGCAUAAAUAUUUCUUAUCAUUUGUCAUUGGAAUUUCCUAAAAAGCAUUUGUUGUAAAUGGUCAUAUUUUAUAAUAAAAAUGUUUGUUUGUGAAAA